AUGGCUUUCAUCGGAGAGGCUCUUAUCUCUGCUUCCGUCUGGUUGUUCUGUGACAGAAUUACUUCACGCGAGUUCUUUGACUUAUUUCGGCAGAAGAAACUCUACGAACCACUCCUCAUGAACCUGAAGACGACACUGUUGAAUUUGUUCGUUGUGCUCAAUGAUGCAGAGGAGAAGCUGUAG